CUGUCCUUGAUGUUAUUCUUAGCUGGAAAGCAAGAAGAAGCAUGUCUUAUGCGGUUAAACUGAGAUAUAUUUUAAAAGUUGCUUCAUCUGUAGUAUGGGUGAUAAUAUUGCCAGUGACAUAUGCUUACACCUGGGAAAAUCCUACUGGACUUGCAAGGACUAUCAAAGGCUGGCUUGGGAAUGGUCAAAACCAACCAUCUUUAUAUAUUUUGGCUGUGGUGAUAUAUCUGUCACCAAAUAUGCUUUCGGCUCUGCUAUUUCUUUUUCCAGUUGUGCGAAGGUUUCUUGAAAGUUCACACUACAAGAUAGUGAUGCUCAUGAUGUGGUGGUCUCAGCCUUGUCUCUUCAUAGGAAGGGGAAUGCAUGAAAGCUCUUUCUCACUUUUCAUGUAUACAAUGUUUUGGGUGAUUCUUAUAGCGACGAAGCUGAUAUUUAGCUACUAUAUUGAGGUACAUCAAAUUUUCU